AUGGAGGAACUCAAUCAGAAUAAAACAAUUCAUCAGCUUCCAGAAGAGAUCAUUGCUAAAAUAUUCAAAUGUUUGAAUACCGGAUCAUUAAAAUCUGCUGCGCUUACUUGCAAAUCAUGGAAUGAUAUAGCAUCCAGAAUGGAUUGGAGUUUAAAAUUAGAUUCUGGAACUUCCUCACAACAUGAUGAAGAAAAGUUGCUGGAGAGCAAACGAAAAUUUGAAUCGAUCAAACUUCAAUCAAAGCAUGAAUGGAACAAUCGUUUGGUGGAUAUUUUUGAGAAACAUGGUAAUAAAGUGCAGUUAUUAACUCUCUAUUCAUGCACAAUCAACAACAUGGGAACAUUUUGUAAAAUUCUAAAUGCUAUGCCAAACUUGAAGAAGAUUAUUUGCUUUGACACAUCAACUAAAAGAUUGCCAACUGAAUUUCCCGAUGAUGACUUGCCCCAACUUCAAAAGCUCGAAACCUUGGAGCUGGCAAACUGUAGCUACGAUUUGCUGGGAUGUUUCAAAAAACCUCAAAUCAACACUUUUAAAAUUUAUGGAUCUUAUAAUGAUGAAAAACAAGAUCCAAAGAUUUUGUUUAACUUUUUAGCCACUCAAAAGAACAUCAAAUGUCUUGCCUUGCGACAAUUAAAUGAAGAAAAUUGUCAAGUCUUCGAAUCUCCUAUUAAAUCUGAAAAUGUUCCUUUCAAACUGAAGAAACUUUCAUUAUGGAACAUCAAACUUCGUGAAACGCCAAACGAUUACAAUAACUUGUUGAAGUUUCUUCAAUUCCAUUCAAACACAGUCGAAGAGUUGGAACUGAGAACCAAGUAUCCCAGAUUCAUAAUCGAAUAUGUUUUUUCAAAGUUCAAGAGACUUUCAUCAUUAAGAAUCGAUGGAAAAAUAAUCCCGAAGAAAUUAAGUUUUUAUCAGCGACUUGAAGUCAAUCCAAGUGUUAAAAGACUCAUAAUUUUCAAUCCACCUUAUAAUAGUGAUAUUUUAAAAGAAUUCUACAAACACAUUCCUAACGUUGAAACAUUCGUCAUAGUGGCAGGAGAAGUCGAAAAUAUGGCAAUCGCUUCAAGUGUAUUUACUCGAUUAAAGCAUUUAACAGUUCCUUUCUCGUAUGAAACAUUCGACAACGAUGUAAAGUUUCCAAACUUGCGAACAAUUCAUUUUGACUACAUGUAUGAUCAAAUAGACUGGACAACACUUGCAGCUAAUAAUCCCAAAGUGACGAAAAUAGAAAUUGAUCAUUUCAAAGAAGAUUUUGAUUAUGUUGAGAUGUUGAGUCAAAUGAAAAAAUUACAAAUUUUUAACCUUUCCAUUGAAACCAACGAUAAUUACUUUAAAGCUUUAUACGAAGAGACUCAAGAUUUGAAAUUGUUGCGUAUUCAUGAAGCUAGUUUUAAAGAAAAUCAUCCGGAUCUUUCAGAUAUUAAAUGUUUGAGCUUGAAUGUCGAUAAGUUUGCAGAUACUUUUAGAAUUGGAGAGUUCUGGGAUUACGGAGAUUACUCAGAUAUAUUUUUUGAAUUAGAUAUGGAUGAAGAAGAUAGCUGGAGCACAUUAGAUCCUUUUGAAUUCGAUGAUGAUGAUGAUGAUGAUGAUGAUAAUGAUGAUGAUGAUGAUGAUGACGAUGACGAUGAUGAUGAUGAUGAUGAUGAUGAUGAUGAUGAUGAUGAUGAUGAUGAUGAUGGAGCUCUUUAUUAUCCUAAUCUUUUUUAA